ACGAGUAAGUGACGUAUGCGGAAGCAUCACCAAUAACAACGGAGCUUCUCUCCAAGCAAAAACUGAAUGUCAACAACGAUGACAGUACGGAAGGUUUAGUGUUUAUAAGUGAAGAUGCAUUGUUCCGUGAAUGACAAGUGUAUUCAGCAUGUUCAGCAAAUGUGUCCCAAAAACAAUGAUGAGGAAUCCUGCGAGGAGGACAUGGACACAUCUGAGCCCAUCUGGCACUGGUUUUACUUGGCAGAAUGCGGAGUAUGGCACAUGUUUGAGAUUGAUCCCAGCGCAGGAUGCUCGGUGACCAGUGAACAAAUUGAAGCAAACUACAACAGGAAUCAACAUGGGUCCAUGGAUUUCUAUACACCUAAAUACAGCUACAGAUUAGAUUUCUCAGUUAUGAAGCAAAUCAAUGUCACAACUGGAAAACAGAGACCGAUAAAAAGAGCUCUACAUUCUGCCACUGGAUUCAGAUUUAUCUGUGAUAACCUGGCUUUGCCAGUUCCUUGUCACUGGGAACGAGUUAACACAGAUGAGCCGUAUCAGCUCAUCCCUCUGUGCAGAGACACAUUUGAAUAUAAAGAGGUGGCCAGGCUGUUUGAGAGGACCAUGUCACAACCUAUCAAAUCUAUUCAGAGGAUACAGAACCUGGACCUGUGGGAGUUUUUCUGCAGGAAAAAGGCCCAGCUGAGGAAGAUAAAACGCACUUUAGAAAUUGAUGAGAGAAUGCUAUUUCACGGGACAGGUCACAGCAACAUCCAAGCUAUUUGCACUUACAACUUUGACUGGAGGCUUACAGGAAGUCAUGGUGAUGUUUAUGGAAAAGGAAGCUAUUUUGCACGGGAUGCCAAGUAUUCCAGCAAGUUCUGUCACUCCACCAGCAAGCAUAACUUCACUCUGCAGAGACACGGUCUCGCUCCGCCCAUUUUCCAGAGCGACCCGUCAUAUAAGUGUAUGUUCCUGGCACGGGUGUUAGUUGGGGAUUACACAGUAGGUCUGUCACACUUCUGUCGCCCGCCCUCCAAAGACCUGAGCAUUUCCAACUUCUUUGACAGCUGCGUGGACGAUAUGGUCAACCCGAAGAUUUUUGUAAUAUUUGACAGCAACCAGAUCUAUCCUGAGUACCUUAUCGAAUUCUACUGAUAAAAAGGCAAGAGACAGUUUUGGAUGAGUCAUUUGAUUCAGACAGAGGAAUGGUUGCUUCAAAUAAAAACAGCAAAGCCGCGGUAUGAAGAGCCAUAACUUCUCUGUGUGUUAGUGCCAAAGGUAAGGUGUGAACACUUACAGGAGGAAGCAAAUGUGGGCUUCAAAUGCAUACUAGGGAGUCCCAGCUCGAAUUCCCAAGGGCUAGAGUGAAGCACAGUUUGCCAUAUUUCUCAGCAUUAUGUUUGCUAUAAUUUUUAGGGUGGAUUUCCCACACAAAGCUAAAUCUACCCUAUUACAAACCAACUACCUGCCAAUGAAGGUGUUGUAAAUGUACAUAGUCACCCAUGAUUGACUAUGACUUUGUAAUUGACGGGAGAGAGGGUAUGACAUCCCUCCCACCCAGCAAGCAUGGCACGUUUUGCUCUCUUGACUAUUGACCAGAGAUGACUGUGGCAUUGUAGCACAAGAUUAGUACUUGUAAUCCCAGAUAAUAGGGUGCACACUUGCUGUGCCACUUGGGAGCCCUAUUUACAUUUACAUUUAUCUUUGAGAUAUUUGACUUACAGAAACACUUUUUGAAUUGUCCAUUGAAAAGACACCCUCAAGAUUGGCCGAAUACAUCUGGGUUUAUUCAUGUAAGGCAUCACUUAAUCAGUAAAUGUCAUUAAGCAGGGAAAAAAAGCAAACUGUGCUGAACUAUGUGUCUCAAUGACUGAAGUCUAGCACUGCUGACAUAGACUGUGAAUCAUAUUCUAUCCAUGCCUUUAUAGGAGCUGCACAAUAAUAUUCGAAAAGAUAAUAAAAAAUCAGAAAUACACCAUGUGGCCAAAUGUAUGUGGACCCAUGACCAUAACAUACAUGUUCUUGUUUUCCCAAUCUGUUUUUGUGUACUGUACCAUUAAAAUACCCAUUCAAUAAAA